GGAAAAUCGUAUCUCUCAGUGGAAUAUACACAUAAUCGUUGUUACAAUUCGUACCUGUUCAUUACUUUUGCGUUGAAUGAAACCACGAACUGCUCGGCGUACGUAUACGCGAUGCGACAGGCAUUCUGAGUAAUAGACGAAUCUCGAGCGACGAAAAGAGAGAGAGAGACGCAACUUCACGUAUUUCCCGGGCCGCGCGUCCUUCCCCUCUCCCCACCUCUUACCUCGCGAGUGUACUAUAACCUGCUCUCCGCGGCAUUCUCACGCAUUUUCCGGAGUUUGUUGAGCAAACACUACACGCUCGCGUUUCAACGAUUACUAUUCCAUACGACACGUAGAUAAAUUAAUACGCGAAUUAAGAUUGUGUGUGGGUGUGUGUGUGUGUGUGUAUGUGGAGUGCGGUAUUUGGAAACACGAUCGUCACUUCGCAGAGUGUUGACACGAUAGAAACUUCUCGAACAAUGUGAUCUAACGCGCGCUUUAGUGCAUGUAUCAGAAACGAAUAGGUCUGUGAAAUAAUCGUGAAACUUUAUCUACAUUCGUGCACGAGCUGUCCGAGCUACUCGACGCGUUCGACGCGAGAUGCAACGAUCGGGCGGGCAGUAGUCUGAAGUUGUAGUUGGUCGAGCACGCCAACUUCGGAGCGUGGCUAAUUUCACCGUUCAAUCGUGCGAAGUGUCUGUCCGCGCCUCGCUCCGGUCGCAACGGGGUCUGUCCGCGUCUCGAAGAUCGAAGGGAAUAAUGCUAUGACACACGGUGGAUAUCUCGGGCCGCUGUUUAGGCGUCCGACCGUCCUCCCGUCCUCCCGUCCAACGAACGACAACAAGGUUAUGCCGCGCGCGUAAACACAACGGCACGUCGCGCGCCGGAGACUCUUCGCGCGACAUACUAACAGUCGACUUGUCGCCGUGCGCAUGAAUCUUCCGUCCUUCUCUCGCUUUUCGAAUAUACAUAAUUAUUGGCAUCGCGUAUACGACGCAUGAUGCACGGCUUGCCGAACCUUGAGUAGUUCGAUGUGAGCGUUACUCCCUGUGCACCGACCGCGGUAAUUGCGUUCGGUAAGAAGAUCAAAGCACUCGAUGUGAGAUUCGUGCUUUACCAAUCUGUACGUCGUUAAAGAAAUAAUUAUCGUACUGUCCGCUGCCGCGUGCGUGUAUUAUAUGUGCGUGUGUGAGUGUGUACAAGUGCGUAUCAUCAGGACGACAACGGGGAUCAAGAGGAAUAACAUUUACGUACUCCGCUGCUGCGCAUCGUAUUGUCCUCGCACAUCCAUGGCGAAAUGGUUCCCUAGUGACGUCACUCGGUACGAGCCGUCGGGCAUACUACGAAGAUUUAUUACAACGAUCGACCAAGUAGUUCACAUCAAACGACCUAAUCGAGCGGUUCAAAAAUUCCCGAUUUCCUGCGGAAGAAGAGUGGGCAUCCUCGUGGAAGCGGCACACAUUUCGUCGGAGCAAAUGGAAGAACCAGUCCGGCUGCGACAGCAGCUUGGACCGAAUUUUUCUUCGCGUGCGUCGCGCCGUGAAAUCGAGGCGGGGAACGUGGUUCAUAAAUUAUUUACCGACUCGUAAAACGGUAUGGUGUGCAAAAGGGCUAGACGCCGAAAGACGAUUGAUGAAAAAAGGAAAGAAAAAAGAAAAGGGGAAAAGAAAAAACGCGAAGAGCAAGAAAUCCUUGGACCUCAGCGAAAAAGGGUGAGCAGAGGUCGAUCGACCGAGUUCAGAAAGUUAAGAAUCUACAUCGCGAACGAAGGAUAUGUAGUAUAUAAGAAGGGCGCAGCAUAAGUACUUUAAGCAGAAAAAUAUUCCUUAGAUUACUUCCAAGAUGGAUUUACGAUUAAGAAUAAUUUUUUCUCAGAUUUUGAAUUUUCAGUUUUUAGAGAUUAUAUUAAUCUCGAGUUAAAAAACAUUUUUUAUUUCUCGACUUGCUAAGCAGAUGUCUGAAAACAUCUUUAAGAUGUUUAUAAUUUUUUACGAAAUAGAUUAUCUUAUGGUAGACCUGAAACAUAAUAGUAAUCAAGCAUUCAAUAAUCCAAAAGCGGGCUUUUUUAUAUCAAAAAAUAAAACACUUGAAGGAAUGUAUGCAACAAGUCAGUACACAGAAAAAACAAAGUCUUAAAUCGGGUCAUAAGACGUUUCAAAGAUGUCUAUUAUUCGAUUUUAGACUUUGUAUUGUCUGGACAUACACAAUUGAUUGAAGCUAAUACGUAACAAUGCAUAUAUGUGAAAAUCUGUACGUUGCUAACAAUAAGUAUUACAAUAUAAAACAAUAGAACUUAUUUAAACCGAAAACUAGACAAACUUUUUUGGUCAUCUGCUGUUACAUGUAUGUAUGUAACUUCGAUAUAUGUAUAUGCCACAUAUAUCGUCAAAACUUCAAUUACCAAAACUUAAUUUAUCAAUCAUUAUUUAUUAUAUUUAAGAUAAAUAAACUAUAUUAACAACAAACUUUAUGCUGUCCAUUAUAAAAGAAUUAAAAAAGCAAAAUAUUUAUUUUCUUACAUUCGAAAGAAAAAACUUUUAGAAAACCUUUCAUUUAUGCCAUAUAUUAAAAGGAGUGGGAUGUAUGGCCACUCGUGAGUGGGACAAUCAAGUUGAACAAAGAAUAUAAGAGCUAAGUCCUUGUGUAUUUUGGUACCCUCCAUCUUUUAUUAUCUCUCUACACUUAUCUCUCUAUACUUGUAUCACAAAAUAACCUCUAAACCUUUUAAAUUACCUAUAGGAAAAUUAAUCAUUUUUAGAUUAUAAUACACAUCACUAUUCACAACAUUGAUAAAUUAAUUCAGCUCACAGUAGUUUCGUUAUUAACAGUAAAAGAAUGAUAAUAACUAUAAAAUAACUAUAAAAUAACAGAGUAAUUGCGAGCAAUUACCUUCACUCCUUCUAUUUUUUUCUGACUGCGGCGUAGAUACCAGAGUUAUCUUACAUUUGAGUAUUUAAAAAGUUAUAUCAAUCUCUGAUAUAAAAUAUUAAACGUUUGAAUUAUAUGACAA